CUUCCGCUGUCAGUGUUAAUAUGGCCACGUCUAGACUGGAGAUCAAUUUUAUCAGAUUAUUAUCCCGCUGUGAAUCUCUGGCUUCAGAAAAAAGAGGCGAAACGGAAUGGAGACUAGAAAAGUAUGUUGGGGCUCUGGAGGAAAUGCUUGUGGCUUUAAAAAAGAAUCCCAGCAAACCAACACCAGAAAUAAUGACAGAUUAUACCCGUAAAGUGGACUUUCUCAAGGGUCUCCUGGAGGCGGAAAGAAUGCCGUCUCCAGCCGAGAAAUCAUUAGCCAAUCAGUUUUUGGCUCCUGGGCGCACACCCACCAUAUCAAGCGAGAGGACGCCCACCAGCAAAACCGUUCACAUACAGAGUAAAGCAAGAUGUACUGAAGAAAUGAAGAAGGAACUCAUGAGCACAGGAGGUUCAAAUUCUGGUUCAUUUGAUUCAGACCUGAGACAUAGAAGCAGGAGUAUCCCCGUGGAUGAGCGACAGUCUGCUGCGGAGCUGGACGCGAUUCUUCAACAACAUCACAACCUGCAGGAGAAGCUAGCAGAAGAUAUGUUGCACCUCGCACGCAACCUGAAGAAUAACUCGCUCGCUGCUCAAAACAUCAUUAAACAAGACAACCAGGUGCUGACUCAGUCCAUGCGACAGGCCGACGUGAACUUCGAAAAGCUCAAGACGGAGUCGGAUCGCCUGGAGCAGCACGCCAAAAAAUCCGUCAACUGGUUCCUGUGGCUGAUGCUUAUAAUCGUCUCCUUCACCUUUAUCAGCAUGAUCCUAUUUAUAAGACUGUUCCCAAAACUCAGAUGAUGUACGACAUUAGAAUAGACUGGAUUUAUUUUAUCUAUAGCAGCUUUUUUGGACCGACUGUAGCUUUAAAUUUAGCUAUUUAAUAAGAUCACAUUCAGCUGACAGCAAUAAUCUUUAUAGGGCUGCUCCCAAAAUUCACAUUGUUACCUGCAUGCCAUGUUGUGAUGCUCACUGAAUAUCUUUGUGUCUACAGUUGAUGCUUACUAACAAUUGAGUGUCUCUGUAUUUGAUCCCCCACAUGGUAACACUAAGUAUUAGGUAGCUUUAACCAGAUUAGUCAGUUUAUGAUUUCAUAUCCAACUACGGCGUCUUUUUAAAGACAUGGACAGAGUUUUUCCAUCAGUACAGUGGGAUGAGAGAUAGCCGAAAACUUUUUUGCAAUAUUUCCGAAGCUUCCUGUUUACCCUUUAAUAUAUUUAAUACAAGACAAAAGUGGUACAACUUCAGUUUUGCAUUAAAAAAGUUGCAAUUAAAGUUUCUUAUGUACGAUGGGCGUGCAAACGGACCGUGGCUCUAUUCUGAUACAUGCAGACCUGUUCAGACAGGAAGAUUUCUGGCAAACAGCGGGAAGUAUUUUUGCUCAUUGGAUGGAAGCACACAUGGCUCAGAUAGGAAAAGCGGAUACGACAACCUCAGGGAACAUGGCCGGAAAAUAAAUGCCCCUUAUUUAGCUGCCCCCUUACUUAAAGAUCUAUUUGUGCCCGCUGUUCCCUUUAUAGCACAAAGUCUUGCAGAUGGAUGGAGUAUUCAGUAUUGCUCAGAUAUGGUUAUCAUGUGUGUCAUUGGUUAACGUCUGUGUGCGUUUGUUUGUUUUUGCGGUUUGCUGUUUGGUCUGUUGAUGGGUGUAAAUGUCUUUUUUUUUGUGGACUGUCAUUGAUUAUAUCUGUUGCUUGUGUUGACUUUGAUUCAUCAACCUGACCACAGAACAGUUGUAUUGAUGGUUUUGUAUCUAAUGGGUUCACUGUGAAGUGAUAACAGAAAGGUAUUUGGAAGCAAACAUGCAGCGUCUGUUAUUUUAAUAAAAUAAUUUGCAAUCCA